CAAUUGGACUAUGCUAGGGAGAUUGCACAUAAUUUAUGGUAUUAUUUCGGUUGGCUGAAGAAGGAAAACUGUAAUAAUAUGGUAUCUGCGCAGCUUAAGCCCUUAAUCGAUGAAGCCAAUGAUGACUUUUGUGAGAUACUUUCUCUUUUGAAGAAUCAAGGCCUGACAAGUGAGACAGUGAAAAUGAUUUCAGAUGUGAUGAAAAUGAUCAAACCUGAGAUUAUUGCUGAGCGAUUUAUCAGUCCUUCCAAGCAAUCAACAUCAUCAUCUACCCGUAUGAUCACUAUGGAUAUGGUGAACCUCGUCAAAAGUAUUUGCAAUACUGUUGAAUAUCUGACAGGCAUUACAUUUCGGGAGUUUAAACAUCUGGGAGUUCUCCUCAAGUUUACCGCAAAGCGGUGCAAUAUUGAACAUGAGAAAAUAAAGGAUCUCUUCACCCUUGCUGAGGAUAUAGCUAAAACUGCAACUUACCUAUCUAUCUUGUGUUGGGAGACGUAUGACCAGUACUCGGCACGUAUAUCAGCGCCCAAGUCUUCUAUUGGGGUAACAUAUUAUUGUGUGUUCGCUGGUCCUGACUUCGAGUCCAAGAUUUCAAAAUUGCUGGAAAGGAUAAAUCCUAUUAGGCCUGAAUGGAGGAAGCUUUAUAUCAGUUUCCUGAAAGCAUCACAUUCGUCAAGUCCAAAAGCUCCACUGAUGCAUGAUGGUCUUAAGAAUCUAUCACAUGAUCUUGAUCUUGAUCUUGCUCAGAAGUUUACUGAGUCUAUCAGAUAUGAUCUGGAAAAGCUGAAAAUUCAUGAUGCCAGUUUGAAUGUUGCUUUAUCCGAUAGAUUUGAAUGGCUCCAAGAUGGACUUCUUCAUCUCUCUAAAUUUCACAAGAUAUUAGAUCACCAGCAACAAGACUUGAGCUCAUUGCUCUCAUUUCUGGAAGUUCUGGCCAUAGAAGCAGCAAUUGCAAUCUACUCCUUGUGUGACAUGAACUUAGAGAACAAUAUUGCUGAAGUAGACCUUAUGUUUCUUCCUUUGCAAAUGAAGUUUAAGUAUCUCAAGUUAGAGAUCAGUCUGUUUCAGAAACUAAGGUUACCAGAGUCCCAGAUGGACUGCUUUCAGGAAGAAUUGACUUCCAUGAAAACGUUCCUCAUGGAUUCAUUGGACAAGUGCAAAGUGCAGACUCAGCUAACUGAUGUCUUGACCUUAGUUCUAUCUGUCACCACCGAAGCAGAGUCAUUCACUAAUUCUCUUUCUCGUGAUUCAGAGGAUGGAGAAUUAGCCAGGAAAAUUAAUCUCUUGCAUUUUCAAUUACAUCUUAAAUUUAAGUUUAUUAGGGAAGUGAUUUGUCCCUUCAUUUCGGCAUCAUCAACACCAGUUCUGCCUGUGAUAUAUCCGUUGAACUUUCUUCCUACUUAUGUUGAGGCCAUCAGUUCUUAUUUCACCAUGUUGAAAUCCUCAAAGACAUCGCCCUCCGCUGGUAGCCCGACGAUGGAUGAGGUUUUCAUGGAGUUUCAUGAAUAUAUUUUUGAAAAUCUGCUACUAAAGGUUGAAGCAGAUCUGGAACUUACUGAUACAGAUAAAGUUAAAAGGUUUUACCACAGGUUGAUGCCCUUGGUAACACUUGUUGUUGAUCCCCCAAUGCAGUACAUUGAAUGCAAGAGGCAAAAUGAUCUCUUGAGAAAAAUUGGAACUUUAGCGAUUGAGGCCGAAGCUGCUAUCCGCUUAUCGUAUGAGGAUGCUUUGGACAGAAGCAAAAGUAGGAAAGUCGGUCUUUUGCUUCAACUUUUGACUGCGUCUUUCAUGCUAAUCAAGUGUGAGGGGAAGUUGAUGGAUCAACUAAAGCACAAAGCUAUUCAUGAAACUGAAUUUUUGGAUCUUGUGGCAAAUGCUCAUGAAGAAAUUAUUUUCCUUAGAGGCUUUCUCAUGGAUCUUCUCAGGCAACACACGACAAAGAUUGACAAAUCAGAUGUAUUGCCCUUAGUUCUAUCUGUGGCCACUGAAGCACACUCAUGCAUUACUUCUCUUUCUCGUGAUUCAGAGGAAAGAGAAUUGAUGAGGAAAAUAAAUGUCUUGCACUUUCAAUUGCUUCUUAAGUUUAAGCUUAUUAAGGCAGCGAUUCGGCAGAUUUGUCCAUCCUUUUCUGCAUCAACACCAGAUCAUCAUGUGAUAUAUCCGCUGAAGUUUCUUCCUACUUACUUCGAGGUCAUUGAUUCUUGUUUCACAAAGUUGAAAUCCUCCUCUGAUAGCCCGAAGAUGGAUGAGGUUUUGCUAAGGUUCCAUGAAUAUAUUUUCGAAAAUCUGCUACUAAAGGAUGAAGCUGAUCUGAAACUUACUGAUUCAGAUAAACUCAAAAGGAUUUACCACAGUUUGCUGCUCUUUGUAUCAAUCCUUGUUGAUCCCCGAAUUCAGUACACUGAAUGCAAGAAGCAAAAUAAUCUCUUGUCGGAAAUUGGAGCUUUAGCGAUUGAGGCCGAAGCUGCUAUCUGUUUAUCAUAUGAAGAUUCUUCGCAAAGCAACAAGGGUAAGAAGGUCAAUCUUUUGCUUCAACUUUUAACUGUGGCUUUCAUGCUAAUCAAGUGCAAGGGGAAGUUGACGGAUCAACUAAAGCACAAAGCCAUUCUUGAAACUGAAUUACUGAAUCUGGUGGAAAAUGCUAAUGAAGAGCUAAUUUUCCUUAUAGUCUUUCUCAUUGAUCUUCUUGGGCAACAGACGAUAGAGCUUAACAAAUCAGAUGGUCUCUUAAUGCAUGCUGAAGUGGCUGCCCACAAGUCAACAUUAAUUAGCACUUGUAGUUAUGAAAGUUUCGUGGAUGGAAGUAGCUCUGCGGAUAUGAGUCUUUCAUUAUCCGAUUUCCUAAAAGAGACCAAGUCUGUCAAUGCAGAGAUUAGAGAAGUAUGCUUUCAGUUACUGGAUGAAUCAACCUCCUAUAUCACUGUGACAGAUCUGAAAUGUCUUAUCAACAUGUUUUUGGACAUGCUGAACCAUCUGCAUUCUAGGGGUGACGUGAUCCCGGUCGUGAGGAAUCAAAUCCUAGUAGUUCAAGAGAAACUGGAGUUUCUUGCUGAUAUCUUAAAGCCGUGCAAUAUGCAUACAGAACUCAAAGACCUUAUGGAACGUGUUCAAAAUGUUGCCUAUGGGGAAAAGUAUGUCAUUUUCUUCUCUGUCAGUGGUGAUAGUCGUGCUUGGUUCCACCUGUUAUAUCUCUACGAUGUCAAACAAGUGUUUAAUUUUGUUGAGGCAGAGGUCAAAACUAUUACUUCUGAAUUUCGUGAAGUGACAGGGCUUAACUUCCCCAAGACCAAUGGAUUAGGAUUUCUCAAUUGCUUCUUGGGAAAGUUGGAGGAGCUGUUACACUCUAAGCUUGACCUAAUUACCAAACUGAAGCCUCAGAUUGUAUUAGUCAAGGAGGGAUUAUUGAUUCUAAGAUCAUUUUUCGAUCAUACGGAAGAAACCUAUGAUGAGCAUGAUGAAAUUUGUGGUCUAAUAAUCAGUGCAACUGAAAUGACAUACAAAGCCGAGUAUGUCAUUGACACUUGCUUGGCCUGUUCUUACUCACUGAUGUACAAAGCUUAUUGGAUAUCUGAAGUUGUUGAGAAUAUCAAGCUUGUCAACAAAGAUGUUGGUGAGAACCUAAAAAGAGAGGAGAUUGAUGUGAACCGCGUUGCAAAAGGUUCUGCUUAUAUUGUGCCAUCAUUAUCAGCUAAUACUUCAGGAGCAAAUGAAGAAAUGGUGGGGUUUCAAGAUGUGAUGGACAAAUUAAAGAAGCAACUUCUUGGAGGAUUGCAUCAGCUGGAUGUUAUCUCGAUAUUUGGUAUGCCUGGAAAUGGUAAAACCACUCUUGCAAAGAAGAUUUACAAUGAUCCCACAGUUGUCUCUCACUUUGAUGUUCGUGCUAUGUGUCAUGUGACUCAAGUAUAUUCAUGGAGAGAUUUGUUGCUUACUAUUUUGAAUGAUGUUCUUGAGCCUGCUGAUCGCACCAAAAAAGGAGAUGAUGAGUUAGCUACUGAGCUGCGUCGUGUUUUAUUGACCAAGAGAUUCUUAAUUCUCAUUGAUGAUGUGUGGGAUAAAACAGCAUGGGACUAUUUGAAAAUGUGUUUUCAAGGUUCUCAGAAUAGGAGUAGAAUUAUUCUGACAACGAGGCUGUAUGAGGUUGCCGAUCAUGCUAAAUGUAACAGCGAUCCCCAUCCUCUGCGUUUACUCACAGAUGAUGAGAGCUGGAAGUUACUACAGGAAGAGUUGUUUCAUGGUCAAAGCUUCCCAUGUGAACUCGGAGAUGUGGGAUUACGAAUAGCGAAAAGGUGUGGAGGGCUGCCUCUCUCAAUUGUCUUAGUAGCUGGUGUUCUCAAAGAGAAAAAGAAGAAAGCAGAUUGCUGGAAAGAAGUAGAAGAAAGUCUUAGUUCACACAACAUUGGGAGCUCAGAAGAGAGCAUGUCUAUAAUUGGAUUCAGUUACAAGAAUUUACCAAACCAUCUAAAACCGUGUUUUCUCUAUUUUGGAGGAUUUUUGAGGGGCAAGGAUAUUCCAGUCUCGAAAUUGUCACGAGUGUGGUUAGCAGAAGGAAUUGUUGAAGACAGUAAGGAUAAAGGAUCAGAAGAUGCUGCCCAAGAUUACCUGAAAGAUCUUAUUAGAAAAAAUUUGGUAACGGAUAUGGAGAAGAGAUCCAAUGGAAAAUUGAAAACCUGCCGUGUUCAUGAUUUGUUGCAUCAAUUCUGUGUGGAAAAGGCCAAGCAAGAUAAUUUCCUCUUCUGGAUACAUAGAGGCCAUGGUGUGGAUUCCAUUUCUUAUCCUGAAAAGCCCGAGAUAUACCGCUUGUCCAUAUAUUCUAAAUGGGAUGACUUUGCUCAGUGGCAGCAGGCUGGAUCAAGUGUUCGUUCUUUGCUAUUCAAUGCCAGCAGUGAUGAUUAUUACCCUUCAAUGGCACGUGAUAUCUCCUUCAUCAUUAACAGAUUCAAACUUGUUAAGGUGUUGAAUUUGGAAUCCAUCAACAUAGGUGAUACCUUUCCUAAUGAAUUAAAAUCUCUAAUUCAUAUGAGGUACUUUGCUGUUCGAACAACUGCUGAUUCUAUUCCUUCAUCCGUAUCUGUUCUUUGGAAUCUUGAAACUUUUGUGGUUAACGGAUUGCAUAGAGUGUUGAAGUUACCAUGUUCACUUUUCAAGAUGUUUAAAUUGAGGCAUGUACAUGUAAAUAGGCGUGCUUCAUUCAGUCUUCACGAUAACAUGUGUGAGUCACAAUUAGUUAAUUUGGAGACCUUUUCCACUCCAUGUCUCUCCCCUGGUGAAGAUGCAGAGAAGAUAUUGAGAAGCAUGCCAAAUUUGAGAAAGCUGAGAUGCAUAGUUGAGGGAUUAUUGGGUUAUUCAACUAAAGGAAGCAUUGUUCGUUUUCCUAGAUUAGACUUUCUACAUCAGCUUGAAUCUCUGAAGCUGCUUUCGUACAGUUAUCCAACUAAACAUCCUCACGAAUUCAAUUUCCCCUUAAAUCUGAGGGAAUUGACUUUGUCGAAUUUUCGUCUACCUUGGACCCAAAUUUGGACAGUUGGUAAUCUUCCGAACUUGGAGAUUCUAAAGUUACUUUUCCGAGCCUUUGAUGGAGGUGAAUGGGAAGUGAAAGAUUCAGAUUUCCCUGAACUCAAAUACUUAAAAUUGGACAACCUCAACAUUGCAGAGUGGUCUGUCAUGGAUGAUGCUUUUCCUAAGCUUGAACGUUUAGUGUUAACGAAAUGCAAGAAGCUUAAGAAAAUCCCUUGUCAUUUUGAGGAUGUUGCAUCUCUAAACAUUGAAGUAAACUGGUGCAGCUGGUCUGUUGCCAAUUCAGCCCAGGAAUUUCAAACAACACAACAUGAAGUUAUGGAAAAUUAUGCGUUCAGAGUUACAAUACAACCUCCAGAUUGGGACACAAGAUCAUCUCAUUGACUCUUAUCCGAAAGACGGAGCAUGGCCUCAGCUCGGGGGAUUUUCAGCAAGAAGUGAAGUGUUUGAAUAAAUGUCAACAUUGAUUUGUAAUGACUCUGUAAGCAAAGCUCAUUUGUUUUUUUGGAAAUUUAAAAUGAUUGUUACUGGCUACCAAACUACUUACUGUUUAGAAACUUAUGUUUCUUCAAGUGUUUGAAUAAAUUGCAGACUUGAUUUAUGAUGUAACUUUAUGAACAAGAGCUCGUGUAAUCUUUUCUGAAUCUGCUGGAAUUUU